AUGUUGGUGUGGGUUCUGCUGGCCGGUCUGAGCGUCCUUUGUGAACUGGCGGGGGUGCGCUCCUUCGUGGCGCAGCGGGAAGCGGAGUCGCGCAUCGUCGGCGGUCAGGAGACGUGGGCGCACUCGUGGCCGUGGCAGGUGUCGCUGCGCUUCGUCACCGUGCCGGCGUGCGGGGGCGCCGUCCUCUCGCCGAUCUGGGUCGUCUCGGCGGCACACUGCUUCAAAAGGUUCAACCGAGCCUCCUUCUGGACUGUUCUGGCGGGAAAACACGACCUGGACAACCCCGACGAGGAAGGACAGCAGGUGGUGGGCGUGUCGGCCAUCGUGAGCCAUCACCGCUACAACGCCGCCACCAAAGAAUUCGACGUGGCACUGCUGCGGCUGGAGCGGCCGCUCGCCUUCGACCGCUUCGUGCGCCCCGUCCACGUGUGGGUGGCGCCGUUGCCCACCCUGAAGAAGUGCACCGUCACCGGCUGGGGGGCCACACGGGAGAAUGGGCCACGCGUGACCCGACUGCAGGAGGUCAACGUGACUGUGAUGACCUCUGACCUCUGCCAGCGCUACUACAAGAGCAGGAUAAGGACGCACAUGUUCUGUGCGGGACAGAAAGAGGGCGGCGUCGACGCAUGUCAGGGCGACUCCGGCGGUCCGCUGUCUUGUUAUGACAGCCGGCGGUUCCGGCUAGCGGGCGUGGUGAGCUGGGGCGUGGGCUGCGGUCGCGCCAGGAAGCCCGGCGUCUACACCAGACUGCGAGAUCACGUUCCGUGGAUGGCGGACGUCGUCCGUAAGAAUUUGGCCAAAAGCUUCAACUUUGUCGCCGUCUUGGAUUCCGACAGCGGUCCGUUUUUGUACGUUUCAGACAACCGCGAUGUGGCGUACGCAGACGAGCCGGCCAGAGAAGACCGGUGCGGGAAGCGGCAGAAGUCCACCUGUCAGAACCUUCCGGGCCCGGCGGGUCUCUCUGUUCCGGAGGUGGGCGAGGCGAGGGCGGAGAAUGUGACGGAGGCGUGUCCGGGGGCUUGGCCCUGGCAGGUCAGCCUCCAGGCGAACGGCGUCCAUUACUGCAGUGGGGUUCUGGUCCAUCGCCACUGGGUGCUCGCCGCGCGACACUGCGGGGUCAGAGCGGGAGAGGAUACGGCCGUCCUGGGAGGUCACGACCUCGGCUUGUCUCUGUCCCAAACUGUCCCCGUGGACCAGGUUUUGGAGCUUCCCCAGGAAGACGGCUUCCCUCCUAAAGAUGACCUCUCGCUGCUCCGCCUCGCUGUUCCCGCCAGACUCGGCGCCAGCGUGACGCCGCUUUGCGUGUCCGAGGAGGACGAGGAACUGGACGACAGCUGGAGAUGCAUCAGCGCCGGCUGGGGGGCGACGUCCGUCACGGCCGCCCUCAACUCGGAGCGCCUGCACCACGCGCGCAUCUUGCUGGUGGACCACGCAGAGUGCCGGGCCAAAUGGGCUCAGGGCCUCAUCGACGACGCCCACGUGUGCACCCAUCCCGUCGCCAGCGCCGCCUGCGCGGGUGACUCCGGCGCACCGCUGUUCUGCCAGAAGCGCGGCGCCUAUUUCCUCUUCGGGUUGCUCACGUGGGGCGCUCGCCAAUGCGAGCCCAACAAGCCAGCCGUCUUUACCAAAGUGUCCGAUUAUCACUCGUGGAUCAGCGAGGUGACGGAGGCAUAACGGAACCGGCGAGCGAUCUGCUUUGAGAAGAUCCAAACGAGAAGUGGAUUUCAAACGAACACG